AUGUCCAUGAAGCAGCUCAAGAAGGCUGCGCGCAUCAUUCUCAUUGGCGCUCCGGGGGUCGGAAAAGGAACCCAGUCCGAGCGACUGCUGGCCCGGUUCCCCCAGCUAGCUUCUAUCAGCUCGGGCGAUCUGCUGCGAGAGAAUGUGCGCCGACGGACUCCACUGGGAGUGCAAGCCGAAGCCGCAAUGCAGUCCGGCAACCUCGUUCCCGACUCGAUGAUCCUCGACCUGAUCUCUUCCGAACUGAAAUCCAAGGGCUGGCUCCCACCGUCACAAUCCUCUACCAUGCCGUCGAUAUCCUCUUCCGCCUCUUUCAUCUUAGACGGGUUCCCCCGCACAGCCGCUCAAGCAUCGAGCUUGGACAAGUUUGUCCCGGUGAAUUUUGUCGUGCACCUCCUCACCCCACCCUCUGUGAUCCUGUCGCGCAUCGCAUCGCGCUGGGUUCACGAGCCCUCUGGCCGGGUGUAUAACACCGAAUUCAAUACGCCCAAGGUCCCUGGCAAGGACGACGUCACGGGCGAGCCAUUGACACAGCGCGAAGACGACUCCAUCGAAACGUGGACGCAGCGGCUGCGGAAAUUCGAAGAAACCAGCCGCGCUCUUUUGGAGCAUUAUGAUCGCCGCGGCUGUCUCUGGCGGGUUGAGGGCAACACGAGCGACGAGAUCUCUCCCAAGCUGUUUGCGGAGAUCGAGCAGAGAUUCUGCUAA